AUGUGCCUAGGCGCGAAGUUUCGUCUCAGCAUCGACUCCUGCCUGCUGCGAUACAAUGCCCUCUCUCUAGUCUACCUUCUGUACCUGCUGCUCUUACCAUGGUUCUUAUGGCCCAACAAACACACACUACGAGGCCACACAGGACGCUUCCUCAAGGCCCUGCUGAGCACCUCUGUCAUCUUCCUGCUGGCUCAUCUCUCCUUCCAGAUCUGCCUUUACACUGUCCCCAGCCUUGACCCGGCGCUGGGACACAACUGUAGCACAUGGGAGUCUUUCGCAAUACAUGUUGGGGUGUCAAGAUUGCCCUGGGACGACCCCUGGAGCGUUGUACGUCUCCUGGCCCCUGACCUAGGCAUAUUCAUCAUCUCUCUCGUCACUGUGGUCUCCUGUGACCGCCUAGUGAAGAGCAGAGAAGAGGGAUCCAUGGCUUCCCAUAACUCUUGCAUCUUACAGGAGGAGGAGGAGGGAGAUGAGGAUGAUGAAGAAGGGGAUGAUGAGGAGGGCAGGCUCUCCCACAGCGUGCCUGAUGAAGAGGAGUCCUCCAGCAGUACAGCUUCACUCUUGGCUGCUCGACUCCGUGCUGCUGCCCAGAAGUUUCUGAGAGAUCUGGGCCGUGUUCUGGCUGUAACCCUUCUGGCUCUGGCCGGUAUCACCUUGCCCUCUGCCUUCUCCGCUGUCUACUUCCUGUUGUUUAUUGGGAUAUGUACUUGGUGGGCCUGUCACUUUCCCAUCAGCCACCUUGGCUUUAACGCGCUGUGUGUGAUGGUGGGAUUCUUCACAGCAGGACACUUGGUGUGUUUGUACUUGUACCAAAGUGCUCUGGCACAGAGCAUUUUCCCCCCACCAAGCCUGUGGGCCAGACUCUUUGGCCUCAAAAACAUCAUUAACCCUGGCAAUUGCUCUUCCUCCUAUGACAUCAUUCUCAACACAGACCAUGAUUGGCCGGUAUACGUCAACCCUGGCAUUCUUCUCCUCCUCUACAUCACUAUGGCAAUUGUGCUGAAGAUCAGUGGUCGUGAAAUAGUUAACAAAGGAGUGGAGCCUGCUGGUGGAGAGGAAGUGGAGCUGAGACAGUGGAGGACAGAGGGACAGGGCAGAAAAGAUGAGACUGAGGAAAUGCUUCUCUCUGCGGGGGAGAGCCCUGGCUGUGAUUCAGACGGUUCCAGAGUUCAUGUGAUCAAUGGUUCGAGUGAGCAAGUUUUUGGGCUCAGUGGCACUUCACAGGGACAACAGGGAGACAGUACUCUACAUAUACUGGGUCGCAUGAUCAUGCAGCAGAGCUACAUCUGUGCCCUCAUUGCCAUGAUGGCAUGGAGUAUCACCUACCACAGCUGGCUGACGUUUGUGCUGCUGCUAUGGGCCUGUGUGAUCUGGAUGCUGCGGGCACGCAGGCACUUUGCCACUCUCUGCUCUCCCUUCAUCCUCCUAUACGGCCUGGGGCUCUGCUGCCUGCAGUAUGUCUGGGCCAUGGAUCUAGAACCUGAGCUACCACACAAAGUGGGAACCAUGGGCCUCCGGCAGCUGGGCCUCGACCGUGCCCAAUACCCCUGCCUCCGUCUGGGAGCCAUGUUGCUGUGCACAUUGACUUUCUGGCUGCUCUUGAGACAGUCAGUGAAGGACAACUUCAGCAGAAAGAAGAGUUUGGCAACACCACUGCAAGAGGUCACAACCGGAGAGGGCGCUGGGCGUAAUGCAUCUGUACUGAAUGUGUUGGGGAGCAUUGUGAUGAGUUUCUAUGCUAAAUACUGGAUCUAUGUUUGCGGGGGAAUGUUCAUCAUGGUCAGCUUUGUCGGCAAACUGGUGGGAUACAAGAUUGUCUACAUGCUCCUUUUCCUACUCUGCCUGUGUCUCUAUCAAGUGUACUACUCUCUAUGGAGAAGACUGCUGAAGGUGUUCUGGUGGUUGGUAGUGGCCUAUACCAUGCUGGUGCUUAUUGCCAUCUACACCUUUCAGUUUGAUGACUUCCCAGGCUACUGGAAGAAUUUUACUGGUUUCACAGAAGAGCAACUCGCUGACAUUGGGCUUGAGACGUUUACUCUGUCCGAGCUCUUCACCAGCAUCCUCAUCCCUGGGUUCUUCCUCUUGGCCUGCAUCCUGCAGCUUCAUUAUUUCCACAAGCCCUUCAUGAAAAUCACCGACCUGGAACACGUCACUCCAAUUCACAGGAAAAAGAGUCCACCAAAACCUGAGACACUACGUGGUGCAGAAGCAGGUGGAUUUGAGGAAGAAGAUCUGACAACAGACCUUGGGGAUGAAGACUCUGAGGAUGAUGAGAUGAUGCCCAGUAAGUGGGGCCUGGUGAUGGACAGACUCAUGGUUCUCUUCAGGAAGUUCUUUGACAUCCUGACUCAUGUUCAGGUCUUCAUCUGGAGGGUCCUAGAGCUUCACAUCCUCAAGAUAGUUGCUUUCUUCGUGGUCUGGGUUGCUCUCUUAGAGCCGUCUGUAAUGAACCUAGUUCUGGUGGUGCUGUGGGCUUUUGCAAUGCCCUACGGUCGCUUCAGACACAUGGCCUCAUGUCUGUCUACGGUCUGGGUUUGUGUCAUCAUCGUCUGCAAGAUGCUUUAUCAGCUCAGCAUUGUCAACCCCAGCCAAUAUUCAAACAACUGUUCAGUGCCCUUAGCUAAUGAGACCAACCUAAGUGAAGAGGAGCUGAUGAACUCCACUCUGUACAGAGCGCCAGUGGACCCGGCCAACUGGUUUGGCUUUAGAAAAGACACUACAGCCCUGGGAUACAGUAAAAAUCACCUGCUGGUUCUGAUACUGCUGGUAUUUGAGGCCACUGUGUACCGGCACCAGGCCCAUCACUACAGACAGCUACAACGCUCUCCUCCCAAUAUCCCAGUCAUCUUUCCCCUUGCCACCAGAGACAACCUGGACAAGGGCCUUCUCCACUGCAUCAAGUACCUGCUCAACUACAGCUUCUAUAAGUUUGGCCUGGAGAUAUGUUUCCUCAUGACGGUGAACGUGAUUGGCCAGCGCAUGAAUUUCCUGGUGAUAAUCCAUGGCUGCUGGUUGGUGGCUAUAUUAGUGCGCCGUCGCCGGGCAGCCAUCGCUAAGAUCUGGUCCAAGUACUGCUUGUUCCUGGUCAUUUUCAUGAUCUACCAGUAUAUUCUGUGUGUUGGGAUCCCCCCAGCCCUGUGCAUUGAUUACCCCUGGCGAUGGAACAAUUCUGUCACCAUUAACUCUGCCCUGAUUAAGUGGAUCUAUCUGCCAGACUUCUAUACCAUUCCCAACUCCAAGAACCUCAUCGCGGACUUCCUGUUGCUGAUGUGUGCCUCUCAGCAGUGGAAAGUGUUUGAGGAUGAGAAGACAGAGGAGUGGAUGGUUCUGGGAGGAGAGAACAAGGACAACCCCAACCCCAUGGAAGGAAUCCCCUUUAACCCAGCACCCAAUUUCAUCAACUGCAGAUGUUAUCUGGACAUGGCUAAGGUUCUGGUAUUCCGCUACAUGUUCUGGUUUGUGCUGGCCGUGGUGUUUGUGACCGGGGCCAUGCGGAUCAGUGUGUUUGGCCUGGGCUAUUUGCUGGCCUGCUUCUUCUUCUUGCUGUUUGGUACCAGACUAUUGAUUAAGCCCUCCCACACUCGCCUGGUGCUAUGGGACUGUCUCAUCAUGUACAACGUGGCUGUCGUCAUCGCUAAAAACAUCCUGUCUAUCCUGGCAUGUGUGUUUGUGACGGAGAUGCAGAAGAACUUCUGCUGGGUGAUCCAGCUCUUCAGUCUAGUGUGCACAGUCAAAGGCUACUAUGACCCUAAAACUGUAUGUGAUAAGGAGUGUACACUGCCAGUUGAGGAAGCAGGCAUCAUCUGGGACAGUAUCUGCUUUUUCUUCCUCCUCCUUCAGAGGAGAGUCUUCCUCAGCUAUUACUUUGUGCACGUGACAGCAGACCUGGAGGCCUCUGCCCGCCAAGCCUCACGUGGUUUUGAGUUGUUCAGGGCCACCAUCAAAAAGAACAUGGAUUUUCGCAAGCAGGCAGAGAGAAGAUCCAUUCAGCAACUCAAGUCAUCGAUGCAACGUAUUCGUGAGAAGCAGCAGAAGUACAAAGAUGGACGCAAAGCAUCUGAACUAGAAGAGAAGUCACCAGAAACACAGGAUGAGAAGAAGAGAAGGAAAUGCUCUAAGAAAGAAUGGCAUCAUCCCUGGCUUGACCAUGCUACAGUGUUACACUCAGGAGAUUAUUACCUGUUUGAGUCAGACAGUGGAGAGGAAGAAGAUCUAUUCCCAGAGGAGCAGAAACCACAGAGACAGACAGCAUUUCAGCUAGCAUAUCAGGCCUGGGUGACCAGCGCUAAGGACGCCCUGAAGGACCGCCAGCGGAGACAGAGAGAACAGCGACGACGGGAGAGAGAGGAGAGACAACGAGCCUGCCCUCAGGACUCAGGUGAGGCUGAAGAGGGUGAGGCUGUGUUUGAGGAGCAAAAUUCACAGCUAGAGGAGGAGGUGGCUGUGGAAGGAGAGGAGUCAGCAAGUGGCAGUGACAUUGUUCAGAGGAUUCUGGAUAUCUUGAGGUUCCUGUGGGUGCUCUUCUUAGCCAUGGUGGAUGGUCUUACCUUGUGGCUCAACAUGCUGACCAAACAGUAUGUGGACAUUUCCACUGUCCUGAGCAAUGAACGCUAUCUCCUCAUCCACAACAUCAGCCAGAGACGCUCCAGGGAGCAAACAGAUGACCAGCUGUCCGAGGGGAGCGAGAGUCCCACCCUGGAGACCUGUCUAGGGGAUACUGAAACUGACAAUGUUAAUAUCAACAUCACCAUCAGUAGCGAUCCUGGGGAGACGGACCUGAGUGAGCUGGAUGAAACAGCUGGUCAGAGCAGCACAACUCUGUGUUCUGAACCCACUCGGGAGCUGAAGCCAGAGUCACAGGCCAGCCAGCAUCACCGGAAGUCCAGAACCGCCAGCGAACUGCUGUCCGAUAGCACGUUCCAGAUUGAAGAACUGGUGCAGAGUCGGGAGUUUUACUCGUCUCAGAACCGUCUCCUGAAGCUUCUCUUUGCGUUGUAUAACGUGUUGGCGGCUCACUCUGAACUGGUGUGCUACUUCAUCAUCGUAUUAAACAACAUGGUGACAGCCUCAGUCAUCUCUCUGGUGCUUCCCAUCCUUAUCUUCCUCUGGGCCAUGCUGGCAGUGCCACGCCCUUCCAAGAGGUUUUGGAUGACUGCAAUAGUCUACACAGAGCUCAUGGUGGUGGUCAAAUACCUGUUCCAGUUUGGCUUCUUUCCAUGGAACAGUACAUAUCAGACCAAGCUGAAUGAGGAUAAGCCUUUCUUUCCUCCACGCAUCCUGGGCCUGGAGAAGGCAGACAACUACCUCCGCUAUGAUCUGCUUCAGCUGUUGGUCCUGUUCUUCCAUCGCUCUUUGCUCCAGUGUUAUGGCUUAUGGGAUCAGGAGGGUCCUCUGGAGGAGAGGAGGAGAAAUGAGCAGGAGGAGGUCCAGAAAGACGAGCAGACAGAUAGACAGGCUCAGGUGCAAACGGAUCCUGAGCAGAACCAGAGCACUGAGCCUAUCACAGACACUGUCAGCCUGCCUGAGGAAGGCAAGAAGAAAAGCAGCCUUCUGCGCUUCCGCAAGAAAAAACAAAAAGGCAAAGAUGCUGCUGGGACAAAAGAACCUAAGAAGAAAAAAUCAAAGACAAAACGCAGAGAGGAAGCCAGUAAGAAGCUGAAAGCUGUUGGACAAAAACUGAGGAACCUUUUUAUCUCAGUAGUGAGGAACGUCUAUAAGCCGGUCUACAACUUCUUCUGGAACAUUCUACAUGCGGAGUACAGGGCAGCCACAGAUGUCUAUGCUCUCAUGUUCCUGACUGAUGUUGUGGAUUUCAUCAUCAUUGUCUUUGGUUUCUGGGCCUUUGGAAAACACUCGGCUGCAGCAGAUAUCGCCUCCACCCUGUCAGAGGACCAGGUCCCGGAAGCCUUUCUUGUCAUGCUUCUCAUUCAGUUCAGCACUAUGAUCAUUGACCGCGCUCUUUACCUACGCAAGACUGUGUUGGGCAAACUCAUCUUCCAGAUCAUUCUGGUCUUUGGCAUCCACUUGUGGAUGUUCUUCAUCCUGCCAGCGGUCACCGAGAGAAUGUUCAGUCAGAACUUUGUGGCACAGCUCUGGUAUUUUGUCAAGUGCAUCUACUUCACCCUGUCGGCCUAUCAAAUUCGUUGUGGCUAUCCAACCCGUAUCCUUGGUAACUUCCUCACCAAGAAGUACAACCAUGUCAAUCUUUUCCUCUUCCAAGGGUUCCGCCUAGUACCAUUCUUGGUAGAGCUUCGUGCUGUGAUGGACUGGGUUUGGACUGACACUACGCUGUCCCUCUCCAACUGGAUGUGUGUGGAAGACAUUUAUGCCAACAUUUUCAUAAUCAAGUGCAGCCGUGAGACAGAGAAGAAAUACCCACAGCCAAAAGGACAGAAGAAAAAGAAAAUUGUCAAGUACGGAAUGGGUGGUCUCAUCAUCUUCUUCCUGAUCUGCAUCAUCUGGUUCCCACUACUCUUCAUUUCAUUGGUCAGAUCAGUCGUUGGUGUGGUUAACCAUCCAGUGGAUGUUACAGUCACCGUCAAACUUGGAGGAUAUGAGCCUUUAUUCACCAUGAGUGUCCAGCAGCAGUCUAUACAACCCUUCACUGAGGAAGACUAUAACCGUCUCACCAGCCAGUUUGGAAACAAUGCUAUUGCCAUGCAGUUCAUCACUCUAUACAGCUAUGAGGACAUAGUGACGGCCAACAUUGAGGGCAGCUCGGGUUCUGUGUGGAGGAUCAGCCCACCCAGCAGACAGGAGCUGAUUAAAGAACUGCUGGACAGCCCGGGAGACAUGACCCUACGACUGGCCUGGACCUUCCAGAGGGACCUUGGAAAAGGUGGUACAGUGGAGAACACCUUUGAUAAGCACUCCAUCAAUCUGGAGCAUGGAAACCCAGUCAGAGCCCAUCUGGCCUCGCUGCUCGUGGGGAAUCACACCGAGCCUGUGUGUGUGCCCCACAUGUUUCCUAAUUAUAUCCGAGCACCAAACGGAGCUGAAGCCAAGCCAGUCAGCCAGCUCUAUGAGGGCGACGAGGAGGGCUAUGAGAAUGUGACCCUCUCUUUAAAGAGAGAUGGAUCAGUGAAUGGCAGUGGUGCGCAGGAAUGGUGGGAUAUCAGCAUCGAAGGUUGUGAGUCGUCAAAGUCCUGUGGGGUGUUACCCAUGGUCAUCUUCAACGACAAAGUCAGCCCACCCAGCCUGGGCUUCUUGGCAGGAUACGGGAUCAUGGGGCUGUAUGUGUCAGUGGUGUUGGUCAUAGGCAAGUUUGUUCGUGGAUUCUUCAGUGAGAUUUCCCACUCCAUCAUGUUUGAGGAGCUGCCCUGCGUGGACCGCAUCCUGAAGUUGUGCACAGAUAUCUUCCUGGUGCGAGAGACAGGCGAGUUGGAGCUGGAAGAAGAACUGUACUCUAAACUCAUCUUCCUCUAUCGCUCACCAGAGACAAUGAUCAAGUGGACCAGGGAGAGGAACGAAGACUAAA